AUGUCAACAGUGGUGGCGCAGCCUGGUACACGUCCGAGAUGGGCGGAUGUCUUCGACUCCUCGCAGGAGGACAGCCAACGAGAGGUUCUGCCCGGACCUCCCGUUCAUCAAGAUUCCUACCAGGACUCCCAGGCGUCCCAGGUGGCGUCGCAGGGCUUCAUUGAGCAGAUGCGCCAAACAGAGCUCUCGCCCGAGAAGCUGCGCAAGGAGAUGCCGACCGUCUCUGAGGGCAAGGCCUUGGUGCGCCGGAGCCACGUCACCGAGGAGGCGGUGGACGAGGCGAUGAGCUCCUGGGGCUCUUCGGGUCGGCGCCAGAAGCGGCAGUGGGCCACGGAAGCGGAGAGCAGCAAGCGCCAGAAGGCCGAUCAGCCCAUGGACACAGAGCGGCGGUUUCCGCGGCGGCCGCGGCGCCAGGAGGAGGAGGGCUCGGAGGCCACAGAGGAUACCGAGCGGCGCCUGCAGAAGCGGCGUCAGGUGAUUGCAGCCCACAAAGACCGUGAUGAUUACCAGGCGUUCAAUGAGAGGAACCCCCGGCACCUCCGGGAUGACACGGCGCCCAUGACGCCGGACCCUACGCAGCACCCCAGCAAGCGGCAGUGGGAGACCGUGGUGCAGAGGUGGCGUGAGGGCCUCCGCGUGUGGUACGCGGCUCAGGGCUGA